AUGUGGCAGAGCCGGCCACGACUUCGAGAUCAUCGAGGUGUUUCUCAUUUGCCACAGGUAGCGAGUUUGCCAGCGCUGCCUGUGCCGCCUACGGUGCACCUCUACGAGCACAUCCACGAACAUCACCACUUCGUUUACCGCGCGCCAGAGCUUCCGUCACAGGAAGUGCAGGAGGCCGCUGCCGCGCAUCCGGAACGCACCAAGCGGCCCAAGAAGGAACGGUUGGCGCGACCCGAGCGACCCCAGCGACCUGAGCGCAAGGAAUCCGAAGAAGCGGAGAUGGUGAUCCCUCGAAUUGUGGUGGAACAGGUGCCUGAUAGACCUGCAUCCGAAUCACAGGAGGAGACACAUACAGCUGCUCCUGGGGUGCCUUGCACAGAUUCCGCGGAGUCCUUCCCCCGGUGGAAGAAGGAUGCGCAGCCCAAGCCCAAAGCCAUCCCGAAGCCCGCCAUGGACUUCCUGACAGUGGGAGAGCGAAGUCGAGAACAGCUGGAGAGCAGAAGUUCAGUUGCAUCUUCCAGAUGCGUUUCGAGACAAAGCUCACCUGCUGCCAAAGUGAAGUUGGCGAAGGCUGCACAAGCUGCUGAGGACGAUCCUUUAGCCAUGCGGUUGAAGUUGAUGGAAGCCGAAACCCUCUGGUCGGACCUUCGCCGCGACCUGCGACGUCACCUGCGUGAGCUCCCGGACUCCUCCAAGUCCAAGGCGAAACAAAAACUCAUGGGCCGAAUGGUGAGUGGAACCUCCAAGGACCGCGCAAGGUUGGAGCAUCAGAAAGCCAAGGAGCACGAGGAGAGUCGUGAAUUGGUUCGACAUGUGGAAGAGGAGCUGAAAGCUUGCAGCCGAUCUCGUCACAAGGUGUUGAGAAUGCAGGAGCUCCUUCGUCGUCGGGGCGUGCAGUUCUUCAGGUGA